UCAUUCUUUAUUCUCAUUAACGCCGUGAAACCUGUCUGCGGGAGCCUCGCGGCGGUCUCAUGUCACACCUGAGCUGAGCUCGUGACGGUUGCUUUAGAAUCAAGCCCGCGCGCUCGUCGCAUCGCAUCACCUGUUCACGCGCACGGCGGGCCGUUUUACCGCAGUGCAUCUGCAGCAUCCUGCACCUCAGAGGUACCGCUGUGGCGUCAGAGACAAAACGGGACCGUCUGCGAUGCCAGCGCGGCAGAACCGUCGCUUCCAGGAGCAGGGGGUCAUCAGAUAGGUCCAAGGGUUCCACAUUCAGAGGACACCGUGGUUGGGUUUUUCCCCCGACGUGGCCUUCAGCGAAGCAGGCUUUAUUCCUCUGAUCCCAAUCAGGAUCAUUCCCGUUAGACAUCACCGCGGUCUGUAUUUAUCACUGGUAGCUCUUAAAUCCUGCAGAGUAUACAUAUGACCUGUUUAUUCACUGGAAUGUGAGUGUUAGAGUAAUCAGUAGCUGUGGCAUGUUGCACAUUUAAAGGCACAUUUCUGUGAAUGUUUGGUGUUUUUGGCUCUAAUGACCCUCUAAGACCUCAGGGACAAAUCAAAGCUCAGGGUGCGGAUGUGGGAGGACACUGUGAGACUGCACAGAUAUCUGGAAUGAUUGAUUAAAAGCAGAAAGGCCACAAGUUGGACUGCAGACACAGGAGAACCUGACCAUUAGCAGCAAUAGUUCAGAUAAAAACACAGUGACCAACAGGAUGCUGUUGCAGAUUUAAGCCAAAAAUCAGAGACCCACUAACAGCUGAUCCACAGGAUUCAAACAGAAGACCAGCACACAUUUACAGUUUGCAUGUUUAUCUGCUGCAAUAGCUGUGAGGUACACUGCCUGCAACUCAUUUAACAUCAACAGACAAGCUUUGUUCUUUGAGUCAAACACUACAGCAGUCAGUAGUUAGAGGUUAAAGGUGCUGAAGUCCUGACACCAUGGCACCCCUACCCCCCCUACUGCUCAUCUCUCUGCUCUGCGGGCUGUUUGUGUUCCGGUGUGACGGCGCCUGUGCAGAGGUGGACUCUGACACCGAGGCCGUGGCGGGCAAAGGCUUCAAACUGGGCUGCAUCUCCUGCAAGAGGAGGAGUGAGGUGGAGGGAUCCGCCAGCAUCGAAUGGUACUUCAGGCCCAGUGGGGAGUCCGACUUAAUUCAUAUCUACAGCUACGGUGACAGCGGUCCCACCAUCGAGCACGACUCCUUCAUGGACCGCAUCGACUGGAACGGCAGCAAGAGGAGCAAUGACAUCCAGGACGCCUCCAUCUACCUGCUGAACGUCACCUUCAACGACUCGGGCACCUACCGCUGCCUCUUCAACCGCAUGCUCACCUACGAUAACUACGAGUACAACGACAUCAUUGACAAGUUGGUGCACCUGACGGUGGUAGCCAAAGCCACCAGAGGCACAGCUUCCAUCGUGUCAGAGGUCAUGAUGUACGUGUCCAUCAUCGGGCUGCAGCUCUGGCUCCUCAUAGAGAUGAUUUACUGUUACAGAAAGAUCUCGGCAGCUGGGGAGGAAGCGUUACGAGAGGCAGCGAACGCUGAAUAUUUAGCGAUAGCUUCGGAGAGUAAAGAUAACUGCGCAGGUGUGCAGGUGGGAGAAUAACACAGGCAUCCUUCCUGGAUUGAAAACUUCCCUCCAAGCAUCGACCUGCAUGACAACACCCUGGCCAAACCCUCCUCUUCAUCACGAGCCUUUGUUCUAGCUCCUCCUGGACAAACUCAAAUGGACCCGACGUACAAAGGCAGCAUGGAACCAGUACCGUAUAUAGUCUUGUGCUUGUUGAAGCAUGUCGUGCAUUCGUAGAAGAAACCAUUAUGCAUCAGGUCCAUAUGUAGUCACAUCAGAGAGCUUUCUACUGAACCCUCGACUGAAGGAUGAAUGAGACCCACCUCACAUGUUCUGUACAGACGGUUACUGAUUUAUAAACUGUACUUCCAGUUGAACCCAUAGUUCUACACUCGGAUAUAAUUAAAUGUGGUAAUAAGAACCUCA